CGCGCACAUGCGCAGACACAGCGUCCAGCAGUACGAUGGUGGUUUUGGUUUCCCUUGACCCGCAGCACUAGCUGGACUCGAACACAAGGAAGCUGACGGGACCCGAUUGAUCAUGUCACAUCUGAGGUGACGAGACGACACGUUAUUGACAGUCGCUGUCUUCAGUUUGGCGGAAUAACGGGAGCUAGCAGUUGGUUCGGCUGUCAGAAAGUUGGAGAUGGACUGUUCGGUUCUGGAAGUGGAUGCGGUCAAAUUUGCCCAAACCGCCGUCACCUGCGACCAGAAUGGAAAACAUAACGACGCUAUUUUUUAUUACAAGGAGGCGGCUCAGGCGCUCAUCUACGCCGGGAUGGCCGGGUCCAAACUGGAGGGCAUCCAGGACAAGGUCAACGAGUACCUGGAUCGAGUUCAAGCGCUUCACACGGCGGUCCUGGCCCAAAAGAGCGACCCGCUGAAGAGCCGGCAGCAGGUGGACCUGGAGCGGGCCCACUUCCUGGUCACCCAAGCCUUCCAGGAGGACGAGAAGGGCAACCAGGAGGAAGCGGUGGAGCUGUACUCCCAAGCCGUGGAACUCUGCAUCAAAACCUCCAACGACACAUCAGAUGCCACAUUACAGACCAAGCUGAAGCAGUUGGCUCACCAAGCUCUGGACAGGGCUGAAGGUCUCAAGCAGUGCAAACCAGGCCCGAGUCAGGACCGGGCCGGCGCUUCCAGGUCCGGCGCCUCCGGGGCAGUCGUUCGGCAGUUCUUACCGCUGGGACCGGACUUCUCGCUCAGUGACCGGCCGCAACCCGUUAGGGCGGUCCAGUCCAGUGAGCCACAGGGUCAGCGCUACACACCUGAGGAGAUCGAGGUGCUCAGGAAGACCUCCACCAUCAACGGCAUCGCCUACGUUCCCUUCAUGAGCGUGGACCUGAAGGAGCGCUUCGCCUUCCCGCUGCCUUUCUCGGACAAGUUGGGGAAACUGGCACUGUCGCCCAAGCAGAAAGCCGUCUUCUCUCGCUGGAUCCGACCCGACGAGCUGUGCAACAACCCGACCAUGAUCCUGUCUGUGUCCAGCUUCAGCAUCAAGCAGACUGUGGUGUCCGACUGCUCCUUCGUGGCAUCGCUCGCCAUCAGCGCGGCGUACGAGCGGCGCUACAACAAGAAGCUCAUCACCAGCAUCAUCUACCCCCAGAACCGACGUGGAGAACCGGAGUACAACCCGUGUGGAAAGUACAUGGUGAAGCUGCAUAUCAACGGUGUCCCGCGGAAGGUGAUCAUUGAUGACUUCCUGCCGGUGGACCACGGUGGGGAGCUGCUGUGCUCCUACUCCAGCAACAGGAACGAGCUGUGGGUGUCUCUGAUAGAGAAGGCCUACAUGAAGGUGAUGGGCGGGUACGACUUCCCCGGGUCCAACUCGAAUAUCGACCUCCACACUCUGACCGGGUGGAUCCCUGAACGCAUCGCCAUGCACUCGGACAAUCAGUCCUUCAGCAGAGACGACACCUUCAGGAUGCUCUUUCAGAGGUUUCACCGCGGCGACGUCCUGAUCACCACCGCCACGGGCGUGAUGACCGAGGAGGAGGGGGAGCGGCGAGGCCUGGUGCCGACACACGCCUACGCCGUCCUGGACAUCAGGGAAUACAAGAACAUGCGCUUCCUCCAGCUGAAGAACCCAUGGAGUCAUCUUCGGUGGAAGGGCCGCUACAGCGAACGCGACGAUAAGAACUGGACCCCAGAGCUUCUCAAGUAUCUGAACUUUGACCCAAAGACGGCCCAGAAAUUUGACAACGGAGUCUUCUGGAUCUGCUGGGAAGAUCUAUGCCAGUUUUACGACGUCAUCUACCUGAGCUGGAGCCCCGCCCUCUUCAGAGAGUCCAGCUGCAUCCACAGCACCUGGGAUGGGAAGCAGGGUCCGGUCAAAGAUGUGUACAGUCUGGCCAACAACCCUCAGUACAAGCUGGAGGUGCAGUGUCCAGCAGGGGGCGCCGCUGUGUGGGUGCUGCUCACCAGACACAUCACGGACAAGGAGGACUUUGCUCAGAACCGCGAGUUCAUCACUCUGGUGGUCUACAAGAACGAUGGGAAGAAGGUCUACUACCCAGCUGACCCGCCUCCCUAUAUCGACGGCAUCCGGAUCAACAGCCCUCACUACCUGACCAAGAUUCGAGUGACGGGCGCCGGGACCCACACCUUCACACUGGUGGUGUCGCAGUACGAGAAGCAGAACACCAUCAACUACACGCUCAGGGUUUACUCCGGAUGCAAGUUCUCCUUCAGCAAGAUCCAGAAUCCGUUCACUCAGAGCAAGAGACUCAAUGGUCAGUGGAAGGGCGCCACCGCUGGCGGGUGUGGGAACUACAAGGACUCCUACAAACACAACCCCAUCUAUCAGAUCCAUGUGGAACGUCCCGGACCGCUGCUGGUGGAGCUGCGGGGAUCCAGGCAGUACAGCGUCGGCUUCGAGAUGGUGACGGUGUCGUUGGCUGCAGACUCUGGAUCUUCUGUGUUGCAGAAGAGAAGCAGUGGAGACUACAGGUGUGGCUUCUGCUACCUGGAGCUGGACUCUGUCCCUGCAGGAGUUUUCAACAUUAUCCCCACCACCUUCCUUCCCAAACAGGAGGGGCCAUUUUUCCUGGACUUCUUCAGCACGUCUCCUCUGAAGGUGUCGCAGCUGCAGUGAAGCUGGACUCUCUCUUUGCCAAAACAGUCCUGUUGCACUUCCUGCGUCAGAUUAAAACUGAGGACGAAACGUCUGAGGAGCUUUUGUCUCUUUACUCUCGAGCCUGAAGUUCCGCCUCAGGGUCUGCAGACUCUGCAGCUCUCAUUCAGGACGUGUUUGCCACUAGGGGUCGUCAGAGUUGCGCAUCAGAGGUCACAAAGAGGGGGGUGAUUUCACACUGGUGGGCUCGAGCUGAAGCCAGCAGCAGAAAUGCAUGGUCCACCUAACUUGGUUCUGCGUCAUCCGGAUGGUUGGUUUGUGUUGUCACUACGCCCCCAGGAGGCCAACACCAGCAAUUGAUGCAGGAGAGUUCUUUAGACAGAUGUUGAGACAGUUAUUUGUUUCAUGCUUUUAUUAAUUCCUGCAACAGUCUUCAUGACUUGGUUCUGCUCGUUUUUUCUGUUGUUUCAGAAGAGUUAAGUGUGUCCUAGUGAUGAGUGUUACUGAAGACCACCCACCUCAGGCACAGGAAGCUCUGUGCUGCAGAGGAAACACACACACACACUUUCUCUUCACUGACGUUUCAAGAUGUUUCCUUCUUCAGUUUGGAUUUUUCUCAUCAUCACCAGCUCCUGCAAAGGUCUGGGUCAAGGGUCUGAAAUAGAUGUGGUGAAGUUGCUGUACCAUCGGCAGAAGAUCGAGGCCCCUGCUGGCUCCAACAUCCAACUGAAAUGUGUUGCCAACUACAGCUUGGAUGGAUGUGGUUGGGUCCACGUGGCGUGGCAUCGUGUCCUGCUCAAAUGGGUCCAACCCAAAGAGUCCCACAGUAUCGAACCCGAAGAGCCCCAGAGGGUCCCGCUCGAAGAGCCGUCUAAGUACUUGACCAUCGUCAGCGAGACGAUCGACCACGACAGCUGGAGGCUGCGGAGUGUGGUGACUAAAGUCUUCUCAGUGACUAGAAACGACAGUGGGAUCUACCAGUGCCUCAGCUCCUGUGAGGAAAACAACACUGCGAGUGGUCACAUGAUCACGGUGGCAGUGCACAGUGGAAGUGGUGAGUGGACGCACACAGAACUAAACAAAGUUUGAACAUGUCCUUCUUCUCUCAGGUGUCUGACUCAUCAUCAUCAUCAUCACCACCAUCAUCCUCCCUCAGUCUUUAUUCUUGUCAGAAACAAACUUCAAUUAAAAUCUUACUUUGAGCAACAAAAAUGCAUAAAUGUUUCUAAAGUUGACAGGAAGCAGGCGGGUCAGCUGUCAUGCUCUGCUGUGCUGUGAUU